UUAAUCCUGGGGCUGGGACAGAAAUCAGACUGAAAGGUGAUGAAUUAGAGGCAAGAAAACUGGUUGUGGAGGUGAAUAAAAAGGUUUAAGAAAUGUGAAGCUUUAUCUCCCAGGCUGGGUUUGGAUUGACCCCUCCCCAAGGCUGGAUGAGGCCUGAACAGGCCACCCCCCAAAGUCUUGUGGCCCUUCCUCCCAGAUUCCUUGCAGACUUGAUUAUCAUGUUGGGCCACCCCAUCUCCCCCAUCUAUCGUUGGCUGUGGUGUUUUCUGUCUCCAUUUGUGCUGCUAGUCCUGUUUGUAAGCACCCUGAUUCAUCUAUCUCUGAAGAACAUCACCUACUUGGCCUGGGACUCAAAAAUUUCAAAUGAGGUAUUCCGAAUUUAUCCAUCAUGGGCUAAAGUCUUGCUCAUCAUCCUCAUCGUCAUUACCAUCUUGCCUAUCCCUGCCUACCUCAUUGGUGUGGAUUUCACAGUCUCCAUGAUUCACAGUAGGGGCACAGUUAUCUUCAAACCUGAAGCUAAAGGGAACUCACCGAAGUCCCAUCCACGGCUUCAGGUGAGGAAAAGCCCAAAAGAAGGUUAAUACAAUGGAUAAAUAAUGGGGGAAAACCUCUCUGCCAUGUGAGUAAUUCAUCUUGGAAAUAAAGACUUGGUUUAUUUGGCAAAA